AUGUCAUCACGCGAUCAAGAGAGUGGGCAGCCACCCUCUAAGCCUAUUUCCCUGUCGCUCUCCGGCUCAAGUGGCCCCAAAACCACGGCCUUCAACAUCCAGUCCUCAAAUCGCGGUCGUCCCACUGGCCCAGCUAACGGCCGGUCUCUUCCUCGGCGGCCGCAAAAUUUCGGCAAUGACGAUGACUCCGACGAAGAAGAAGCCCCGCCGGCCCAUGAAGAAGUCUCGGGCUUUGACACUCACACCGGCGGUGCUAUCACCGCCGAAGGAAAAGCAGUCGAAGAUGCCCAGAAACCAUUGAUCAUUCCCGUUACAAGCAAGAAUAACUGGCGCGACCGGGCGGGUGUCAAUGUGAAAAAGGGAAAGAAGAAUCUGCUACCUCGCGAGGUGCAGGCUAUGCAAGAGGCCGAGAAGAAUGGACACAAACCCGGGGAGUCUACGGUGGAGACAGAUGCACCGAGCAUGGCAUUCGGUCUGAGCUUUGCGAAGGAAGCCGAAGAAAAGCCUCAAAACGCCGAAGCGGCGAAGGAAGACCAACCUAUGCCCGAUGCGACACCCGUUGAGACAAAACCCCUUACAGAUGACCAAAUCGCCAUGAAGGCGCUGCUCAGCGAGGUUACUGGUGAUGUCGAGCGAAGGUCUGACCUCGUGAUCGAGGCCGCGGCUAAAAAGGAAGAUGACGAGGAAGCCCCAGUUCAUUACUCCGAGACUGGCUCUUUCCGCGCAGACAUCGCAACGCGGCCUGAAUCCGCUACUCUGGAUGCCUACAAUGCCAUUCCGGUCGAAGAUUUCGGCGCCGCCUUGCUCCGAGGAAUGGGCUGGAAAGAUGGACAAUCCAUUGGGCGAGGCAAUUAUGGGGGUGCAGCCGCAGCAGACAAGGCCAACAAACCCCGUGUACCAGAACGACGACCUGGAUUCCUCGGCAUUGGUGCAAAGGAUUCAUCUGGCGGCAAAGGCGCCGAGACCGAGCUCGGUGCCUGGGGAAAAUCAGCCAUGCGCAAGGCAUCUCGGAAACAGGGCGAGGAGAACGACAAGGCCGAGGGUGUGUACAUGCCCAUCACAAUGCGCAACAAAAAGACUGGCGAGCACCUUACCGAAGAAGAACUCGCCGCUUUGCAAAAGGAAGCCAAGUCUAAACCUCCCCAAGAGGACGACUGGCGCGAGCGAAGAGACCGCAACCUCGAAAAGAGCGGCCGCGACAAGGAUCGCGACCGCGAAUACCGCAAACGCGACUACGAUGACGAGGAGGAUCGCUCUCGCCGACACACUGGCUCCUCGCGUCGUGAUCGCAGCCGAUCUGCGGGUCGCCAUUCCUCGAGUCGAUCUUCUCGAUCUCGAUAUGACGAUGAUAGAAGUAGAGAUGACCGCUCCUAUCGUGAUCGUGACUCCGACCGAGAUCGUCGCCGAGACCGUGAUUAUGACAGAGAUAGAAGACGAGAUGGAGAUGGAGAGCGUGAUAGAGAUCGCAGUCAUAAGUCGCGGGAUGAGAGGUACAGUAGCUCCCGGCACUCGUCCCACUCAUCUCGACAUGACCGUGAUCGUGACCGCGAUCGUGACUCUCGCCGCAGCCGACGAGACGAUUAG